UUAGACCAGAAACACAUACUCUGGCAAAUCUCCAGACGAGCACCAAACAAGCACAAGCACACGCCUAGCCGGACAGGUCCAUGAACCCCUUCCAUACAGCAACCGUGCUCUCGGUGCUCCUUCUCAUGUGCUUCGCUAAUCAUGGGCAAUCCAGAAACUUGGGUCAUCAGGACAUGGGAAGCGGCAGGAAGAUCACGAUACCGCCGGGCGGGCUGUGCGUCAAAACAUCCUGCUCAGGUGUCACGGCGCACGUGUGUUUCUGCUGUUUGAUUGACAGCACCUGCCACAGCUCGUUGGCGGAGUGCGAGAAAGAGUCAUACUGUCAAAGAUCAUCUUCCAUCCUAGACGCCGCCGCGGCGACGGCCCGUGCUCCGUCGACACCCUCCUAUCUGAUCUAGUGGAGUACAUGCAUUGCAUUUCUGAAUAUUUGUAACUUUCGCUCCUCGGCUGCUCGAAUGUCUGAAAUUCUGAAUGAAUGAGUUUUCGAGAGUUGAGGUUAUCUGCUGUAUU